ACAAAAAUGUCCAGGUCAACUGUCAGUCAUCUGCCCGAUGUGGCCUCAAACGGUGGCACACAAUAUAAGCCUGAUCUCGGCUCUGGUCUGGGCCAUUAAUGGCCAUUUUGGACGCUCUUCGAGUUUGCCAUUGACCCUGGCCCAGUUCUCUAGCCGGCAGGCGAAUCGUAACUAUCACAAUGAUCUUAUCGAUGCAACUCUCAGUCAGGCAUCAAGUGAGGGUAAAAUCAAAUUUCUACUUGACAAUUUGAGUAAUUUGGAGGCGGACACAGAUAUGGAUACGGAUGCAGAAACGGCUUCAUCACUCAGUGGCAUUGGUGGUCUGGAGACGGCCAUUUGGUUUAUAGACAGUUUGCAUUCGUAUUACCAUUUAGAGCGUAAUCUACUCGAGGCGAGCAGUUCGUAUAAACGUAAUGGCUAUUUCAUAAUAGUCUAUACGGGCGGAGAAAGUGGACGUUUGGUCACCAUAAGAGAGAUAUUCAAACGUCUAUUUUUCAUAUAUGUGCUCAAUGUUAGUGUAUUCCUUUUGUCCCGGCAAGGAUAUGUGGAAAUGUAUACAUAUUUCCCUUACGGACCGGAAGUUUGCUGCUCCGCGUUGCCGGUGCACUAUGCCACAUUUCCCCCUACCACGAUGGACACUAUCCUCUUUCCGAAUAAAUUGAGAAAUCUCUAUGGAUGUGAGCUAAUUGCAGUUACCUUUGAGAAUCGACCGUUUGUGUUUAUAGACUCCGAUCAAAAACUCCAAGGCAUUGAGGGCAUGCUCUUUAACACCUUGGCCGAUCACAUGAAUUUCACCAUCAAAAUAAUAGUGGAAAUGCAAAAGGAACGUGGCAUUGUGCUACCCAAUGGCACAGCAACUGGUGCCCUCAAAUUGAUCUUGGAUGGUGAUGCCAAUGUAACCUUUGGCGCCUACAUGUACAACAACCAGCGAGCAAGUUUAAUGUUGCCCAGCCUUUCGUAUACCAGUUUCCCGAUUGUCCUUGGCAUUCCGGGUGGUGCACAGAUAUCACCAAUGCAGCGUUUCAUUAAACCAUUCCGUUAUAUCAUCUGGUCAUGUCUGUUAAUCUGCCUUCUGGUGGCCUUUAGUACAAUUGCUGUGAUCCAAGGAUUCUGUAGGACAGGACUGCGUCAUCUGCUUAUCGGUGCAGGGAAUCGUUUACCAUGCCUGGGUCUUUGGAAUACUCUGCUUGGUGGAUUAACCAUGUAUCCGCCACGUGGAACAUUUGCCCGCUGUCUGCUUGGGCUUUGGCUAGUUCAUGUUUUAAUACUACGUGCCGCCUACACGGGUCAAUUGUAUAUGCUCCUGCAGGAUGCUCAAAUGCGGACACCAUUACGCACUUUGUCCGAAGUGCUGGAAAAGGGUUAUACAUUUUAUAUGUUGCCCGCCCUAUCGACCACGUUCAACAAUUUAGUUCCCAGGCAUCGCAUCGAAGUUGUUUUGAGUGUUGAGAAAGCAUUGAUCCGUUUACGAGACGAGGAUGAUCCUUGGAUUGCUGUGCCACUAUUUCUACCGACAGCCAAUCAAUUCGAUCAACGUUCUGGCCCAACAAAGCCACAUUUGCAACUGCUACCGGAGGCCCUAAUGACUGCUCCGCUAACCUUUUACAUGCGUCCACAUUCGUAUUUGAAACGUCGCUGGGAUCGCCUCCUACUUGGCCUAAUGUCGGGUGGCAUUGUUCGACGUUUUCGUCGCAUUAAUUUGGAAAAAAUAGAACACCUCAAAAAACGUCAGAACAUGGAUCCAGGUCCACUCAGUAUAUGGCUAUUGAGUGGAGUGUUUGGCUUCUUCUGGGCCAUGCUUCUACUCUCUCUGGCAGUCUUUCUAAUGGAAUUGGCAUCGCUGAGAUGUCCUCGUCUGCGAAGGAUUAUGAAUGCUGCAAAUCGUUAUAUAGCUUAAAGAA